AUGUCCCGCCGCGUGGAGGUUCUGCAGACGCAGCUGCCCGCUUACAACCGCCUCAAGACACCGUACGAGGCGGAGCUCAUCGCCACUGCCAAGAAGAUGACGGCGCCCGGCAAGGGUCUCCUCGCUGCUGAUGAGUCCAUUGGCUCGUGCGCGAAACGCUUUGCGCCGAUCGGCCUGAGCAACACGGAGGAGCACCGCCGCCAGUACCGUGCCCUGAUGCUUGAGUGCGAGGGCUUUGAACAGUACAUCAGUGGCGUCAUCCUGCACGACGAGACGGUCUACCAAAAGGCCAGCUGUGGCAAUACCUUCCCGCAGCUUCUUGUGCGCAAGGGCGUGGUGCCCGGCAUCAAGACGGACAUGGGCCUGAACCCCCUCGUGGAGGGCGCUGAGGGCGAGCAGAUGACGGAGGGUCUUGACGGCUACAUCAAGCGCGCGCGGAAGUACUACUCCCUUGGCUGCCGCUUCUGCAAGUGGCGCAACGUGUACAAGAUUCAGAACGGCACUGUGUCGGAGGCGGCUGUGCGCUUUAACGCCGAGACCCUCGCCCGUUACGCUGUCCUGUCCCAGCUAUGUGGUCUUGUCCCCAUUGUGGAGCCGGAGGUGAUGAUCGACGGUGUACACGAUAUUGAGACGUGCCAGCGCGUGUCGCAGCACGUGUGGGCAGAGGUGGUAUCUGCCCUGCAACGCCACGGCGUUGUGUGGGAGGGCUGCCUGCUGAAGCCCAACAUGGUGGUUCCCGGUGCGGAGUCUGGCAUCAAAGCCACCCCUGAGCAAGUGGCGCACUACACCGUGACGACGCUGAGCCGCGUGCUGCCCCCCGCGCUCCCUGGCGUGACGUUCCUGUCCGGUGGUCUCAGCGAGGUGCAGGCGUCGGAGUACCUCAACGCGAUGAACUGCAGCCGCCUGCAGCGCCCGUGGAAGCUGACCUUCUCGUACGCCCGCGCCCUGCAGUCCAGCGCGCUCAAGGCGUGGGGCGGGAAGCAGUCCGGCGUUGCCGCGGGCCGCCGUGCCUUCAUGCACCGCGCCAAGAUGAACUCGCUCGCUCAGCUUGGCCGCUACAACCGUGCUGAUGACGACAAGGAGUCGCAGUCUCUGUAUGUUGCGGGUAACACGUACUGA